AUGGACGAUUUUAUGUCGCCACAGAACAAAGCCCCAGGAGCCCAGACAUCCCCACAGCAAUUCAGCCAGGGCCAGGGCGGCGCCUAUGACAACCUGCAGCAAUCGCAGGGCGAUAUGGGAGGUGGACAGGGGCAAAUGGGAUCCGGGAUUGCAGGCGGAUACGAGAACAACUCCCAGCAGCAGAGCGUGAACUCCGGCACCGGUGCUAACCAGCCAGGGGCGCAAGGCCAGAAACAGGACUGGCUAGACAAAGGUAUCGCAUUCAUGGGGAAAAAGGCCGGCGUGAAUGUGAGCAAUUCACAGGCCGACUCUGCCGGCGAUUUUAUCAAUAAAGAAACAAAGCAAUAUGCAGGACGGAACCUUCCUGGUGUCGAAUAA